UAGAAAUAAAAAAGAAAAAAAUUGGCAGAUUUAGAAAUAAAAAUAAAAAAUUGGCAGAUUUAGAAAUAAAAAGAAAAAAAAUAAUCUGCGAAAAGAGGGGAUAAAAAAAAAGGAAGCUAAGACUUAAUGCGAUAAACCAGCAGUAAGUGAUGCAAGUUCUACUAUGAAACUCACGAAUACGGAAUAGUAAUUCGUAAUACCCAACCAACUCACUUCACUACAUUUAUUUUCCCUUUCUCUCUCUUCUUCUCUCUCUUCUUCUCUCUCUCUCCUCUCCCUGUGCCGGAUGAUGAAGUUCCAUUGUAUCAAGGACGGAUGAACAAGGAACACAAUCGAUCUGGAGAUUUGUUCGUUAAGUUUGUAAUUUAUCUUCUAUAUAAUUUCAUCAGAUACAGCAUUUUAAUUUCGAUAAUGCUGCCUUUUUAUUAAACAAAUUAGGUUCGUAAUCCAUAUUCUUCUCUUCAGAAUUUAUUUGUCUCUAAUUUUAUAAUUUUUCUUAAUUAAUUUGUCUCAGAUUAAUUUAUUGGAUAUUCUGGGUUGAUAUUCACUGCUUCUGGCUUCUGAACACCACCGUGUACUACCGCACGGGGUCGUGUCGAGUGGAAUCAAUCUCGCGUCCGUAUUUGUGUCUUUCUGUACGGCGGCCGUUGUAGAAAUUAUCCAGAUAAAAUACCUGAAAUAACAUUUUAGGAUUAAGCUUAAUGUAUCAUGUAUUUGGCUUAGCGGUUGAAGGCUAAUAUAAUCAAAUACACUCGUGUACAUUGACCCACUAAUACAUUUGCCCCUCAUUUUAUUAACUCAAACAUUGUAAAAAAUUGAAAAUUUGCGAAUUUUCCCCCACAAUUCUCAAUCUUCCUUUCACUGUUCACCAAAACCAUUAACGGGCAGAAGAUAGCCCCAUAAAAAAACCAAGAAUACUCAUUACAACCUCAAACAAUUUACAGCUAUAACAUUUGGUACAGAUUAAUCAAUUCAAUCAAAAUUUCAGAGAUACCAUCCACACAAUGAAUCUCAGUUUCACACUUGCUCCUGAUGGAGUUGAUGAAACAGGAGAAAAUCUUGAUGAUGAUAGAACUCUUCAGCAUAGCUUAUCAGUAGGGAUUAGUCACACUAAUGGCAGUAUCUUCACACCUUUUCAACCAAAUUUCGAGUUUCCUAAUGAUGGAACGGUAUACCAAAGGAGCACAUACUCUAAUUUCUUUGAUGCAAUGGAUGAAUCAGUCAAUUCAGGCCCAACAUCCAUCCAAACAACAGGAGAUGGCAGUUCAUCGGAGAAUGAAAACACUGCAAAUUCAGUUCUAAGCACAUCAAAUGCAACAAACACAACAGAGAAAGUAGUGAGGGUAAAGAGUAGGAAAAGGAGGGAUCUCAAGGAAGAUGAAAUGACACAGUUAGCAUUUGAAUUAAUCGACAAAGAGACUAAUCUCAAGUUACCACAUGGUUACAUUAAGGAUGUGGCAGAGCAGUUUGGUAUAUCCAGAUGGACAGUGGAAAGAGUGUGGAAAAAAGUAAGGAUAACUAUACAAAAUAAUGAAAAGUUGAAUUUAAAGAAGCAAUACAAAGGAAGCAAAGGGUUUGUCAGAAUUUCCAGAGAGGUGGGAUUGGGAAUUAAUCAUAUCUCCAGUGAUGUGGAAUUGGGAACAGAUGAAAUUUCUACCAAAGCCAGUAAGGGAAUCUACUUAGGGGUUGAGGAGGAUACAGCAACUUUAGCUGAACCUGAAAUUAAUGAUGAAGAUGAGAAUCUUGCCGACAUAUGGAAGGAGAUGGAAUAUGCAAUGGAAUCUUGCAGGGAAAUCGCUGAGAAUGAUACUUCUGAUGGAGAUGAAAGGGAGGAUGAUGAUGACUGUGACCAUUCUUGUGUCUUGAAGGAUGAUAUUGGUUAUGUUUGCCGUGUUUGUGGACUAGUGCAAAAGGAAAUCCAAGAUAUAUAUGAAUUCAUUUACCCAAAGCAAACAAGGUUUAAACCUAGUUACCAAAAGGAAACUCAGAACAAUAAAGACGACAGCAAUCCUGCUGACGCUCUUCCUGAUUGGUAUAAGCUCUUGAGGAUGAAUCUAGAUGUGACUGAAGUUUUAGCCCACUCGGAUCACAUAAAACAAAUGAAGCCUCAUCAAAUAGAAGGUUUCACAUUUCUGCUAAAAAAUGUGGUAACUGAGAAUCCACAUGGUUGUAUUUUGGCCCAUGCACCUGGCUCAGGAAAAACCUUCAUGAUCAUAUGUUUCUUGCAAAGCUAUCUUGCCAAGUAUCCUUCUGCGAGACCACUAGUUAUCCUCCCAAAGGGAAUAGUGGGCACGUGGAAGAAAGAAUUUCAAAGGUGGAAACUUAAUGACAUUCCACUAUACGAUUUCUAUUCAAUGAAGGCGACCAAUCGUCCCCAGCAGCUGAAUGUCCUAAAGCAAUGGGCAGAGCAGAAAAGUAUUCUCUUUAUAGGGUAUCAGCAGUUCUCUUCUAUUGUGACUUGUGAUACUACUAGCAAAGAGAAGGCUGCCUGUAGAGAGAUACUGGUGAGAGCUCCAACAGUUCUGAUAUUGGACGAGGGACACACUCCGAGGAAUAAAAACAGUGACAUGCUGCACUCGCUUACCCAAGUUCAGACACCUCGAAAAGUUGUGCUUUCAGGCACCCUUUAUCAGAAUCAUGUCCGAGAAGUAUUCAACAUUUUAAACCUUGUUCAGCCUAGAUUUCUCAAGUUAGAGCGUAAUUGUGCAAUUGUUAGGCGUAUUUUAAGCAAAGUUGAGAUUUCUGGGGUCAGAAAACAGUUGACAGCAGGAGCAGGGGAUGCAGCUUUUUAUGACUUGGUGGAGAACACACUGAUCAAUGAUGAAAAUGAGCAAAGGAAAGUUGGGAUUAUUAAAGAUUUGCGUGAGAUGACAAGCCAUGUUCUUCAUUAUUACAAAGGGGACUCCUUUGAUGAGUUGCCGGGAUUGAUAGACUUUACUGUCGUCUUGAAUCUUAGCCCUAAGCAAAGGGCUGAAGUUGAUGAGAUGAAGAAAUUGAAGGAAAGUAAGUUCAAAUGUAGCUUUUUGGGGAUGGCAAUAUAUGUGCAUCCCAUGCUGAAAGGAUUGUCGGUAGGUAGUGAUGAAAGCAAACAUCGAAGUGAUGAGAAAAUGGAUCAAAUAGUCAAGAAACUGAAUGUUACAGAAGGGGUGAAAGCCACAUUCUUCCUCAGUGUGUUACGUUUAUGUGAAAUUGCUAAUGAGAAGUUGCUAGUUUUCAGUCAGUAUCUGCUGCCAUUAAAGUUCUUAGAGAGAUUAGCAGUGCAUGUGAAAGGUUGGACAGUCGGAAAGGAGAUAUUCAUGAUAACGGGUGACUCAACUACAGAACACCGUGAAUGGUCCAUGGAACAGUUUAACAGCUCACCUAAUUCACGGGUGUUUUUUGGAUCGAUUAAAGCGUGUGGGGAAGGAAUAUCACUAACUGGGGCAUCUCGUAUAUUGAUGCUUGAUGUUCAUUUGAAUCCUUCUGUCACUUGGCAAGCUGUAUGCCGUGCAUUUAGGCCUGGACAACAGAAAAAAGUUUUUACUUAUAGGUUGGUUGCAGCUGAUUCACCUGAAGAGGAGGACCACACAACUUGCUAUAAAAAAGAGAUAAUUGCUAAAAUGUGGUUUGAAUGGGAUGAUUUUUCCAAGAAGAAGGAUUUAGAACUCAAGUGCAUAGAUUUGGAGGAUUGUGAUGAUAUUUUUUUGCAGAGCCCAUUGAUUUGUAAAGACAUUAAAGCUUUGUACAAAAGGUAAUCCAAAUUAGCAAGCUUACAUGUUUAGGAGAACUUGUCGCAAGGAACAUCUAUAACCGCAUCUGCGCUACGUUUCGCUGCACCUUAACAAGCUGCUAUUCUUGAUAAUAUAUAGCUUUUGUCAAGAAGAUAUACAUACAAAACUUAUAGAGCAACUUCUACAUGCAAUGCUUGAAUAGUUCAAGAGAUUAUCUUGAGUUUGAUGAUGGCUUACUAGAUUUGCUUUCUUUCAAUGGCUAAUUGAACAGAAUAUGUAAUUAUUAGAUAGAAGUAACUUAGAAUUUCUCUAAAUUUUGUUAUGAUAUUUUAUUUAUUAGAGUCUUUUUGAAAUAAAAUUCCAAUAUUGUUAAAGGUUUGACAAGCAACAAGACCGUUCAUUCCAACUAAUUGUUGAUCUCAACAUCUA